ACGACCGCAGCAUCCCCAGAGGCGGCAAGGCGGUCUCUCUCGGGCCCGGGCACCAGAGGCGAUGUCGUCGUCGGCGAAGGCCAAGGCCAAGGCGAGCGGCGGCAAGCGGGCUGCGGCGGCGAAGGACCCCGCCGAGGCGGUCGUUUCCGACAAGAGGCGGCGGGAGCGCGGCGGCAUGGACGACUCCGACCACGAGUUCGACAGUGACAUGAAGGAGAUCGUCACGCUGCUGAAGCACAUCAAGGACAAGGCCCACAAGGACGGCCAGAAGAAGACCGAGCAGGCCAUUUCCAGCGUGGCAACAGAGAUUCAGACUAUGGUACAGGACACCAAGAAUAGGCUUGAGAAAGAAAGGCAGAGUUUUCUGAAAGCAUUGUCAAAGACUUCAAAAGAGUGCGAAAGUUUGUUGAAGAAUGAGUACACCAAAUUUCUAGCAACACAUGACAAGUUCUGCAAAGAUAAAGUUGCACACAUACAGAAUUUCAAAGACCUGUUCUCAAAGUUUGAAGAUGAUAAAGAGAAAUUGCUUGUGCAGUAUGAACUGCAAAGGAAGAAGGAGAAGGCUACUCUAUCUGAACUUGAGAAAACAUUUUCAGAGAAGAUAGCAAAUGCUGAAGAAUCUCUGAAGAAGAUGAAGCAGGAUGAUAAAUCAAUCCACAUCCUUCGCAAGUCCAUUGGCUCAUUUCUGAGUGGUGACCCUGAUGAUCAGUCUGGUCAAGAUGAUGACUGAAGAUGCUCUCACCAAAUGGUUUCUAGUUUGAGAUCUAUGUGGAUAAUAUGUUAUUGGAGAAUAGAUAUCAGUUCAUAGGGGAGGCAAGGAUUAGGGAGUUGAUAGUUUGUGACUGCACAACUCAGUGUGUUUAGCUUUCAUCGGCUGGAGCUGUGAUGUUCUGGAGAAUGGUUUCAGGUUA